AUAAUAAGCGAAGGGGGACGCGACAGACCGGUCAAAAUGAUCGAGUGGCCGUCCAAGUUAGUCCCAACAGAUUUCCCGGUCUAAUGGUCAUAAUGAAAAUCGCCGUGUCCAUCGUUUUGUUAUUGGUGAUCGGGUUUGUUACCGAAACGGAAUCUAAAAGGGCCAGGACUAGAACCAGAUCGAAAUCCAAGUUCCAAAUUGGCUUGCCCAUUACUGGAAAAUACCGCGAUCCAGAAUCCGACAAGUACUACAAUAAUAAUAAUGGUGCCAAAAUAACUUUAGCGUCGCACUUCGAUUAUGAAUACGUGCUCGGUCAUAAAAUCGCUUUUAUAUGCGUUGCCAGGGGAAAUCCACGACCGCAUAUCACUUGGUACAAGGACGGAAGUGAAAUUUUCACACAUCAGUAUUUACAUAUUCACGAGUGGCAAAUCGGCAAAGAUAAAAUCAAAAGCAAACUGGAAAUAGAUCCGGCGACUCAAAUGGAUGCGGGUCUAUACGAGUGCACCGCGGACAACAUGUAUUCAAUAGACAGAAGAUCGUUCAAGACAGAUUUCAGCAUAACGUUCGAUUAAUUCCGCCGGACUGAACGUGGGUUGUGAUACAGAGACAGCAUUAGACAUAAGACAAAUCAAAUAAAUAUGUGUUACAUUUGCUUUUUAGAUAGUUGAAAAACUGACUGUAACAUGCGAUAAAAUAUAUAUAUAGUUACUGGAA